GGUACACGCAGCGUCGUCUGUAACUCCAUUUGCUUUGAGGGACCCACGUGUGUCCUGCAGUGCUCGGACAGCGAGGGCAGCGGGAUCUUAUGAGUCCAGCUUAGGAUCCCAAACACUGUCCGCUGUGAGAGGCCAGAGGUUUGGAGCGGUGCGUCGCGAUGCCGAAGGUAAAGAGGAGUAAAGCCGGAGCAGCGGAGCGGGCAGGGGGCUCUCUGCCUCUGGCUGACCAGCUGCUCCAGUUGGACACCAUCAGGAGCCACAGCCGGGUUAAAAGCAGGGCCAGAAAACAGGAGGAGGAGGAAGAAGAGUAUGUGGAUGAAAAACUGUCCAGGAAGAUUUUGGAACAGGCACGAAUCCAGCAAGAAGAGCUGCAGACGGAGUUCGGAGUGACGCCAGAAGUCAAGAAGAAACCUUCUACUGUUCUAGGUCCAAGUUCUCAGGAUGGCGACUCUGAUGAAGAAUGGCCGGAGCUGGGGGCUGCUGGGUCAGUGGAGGAUGACAUGGGGGCGGGUGCUGCGGUAGAGGUGGACCCAGAGGAUGAAAAAGCCAUCCAGAUGUUCAUGAGUAAAAACCCACCUGUCAGGCGAACUUUAGCUGAUAUAAUCAUGGAGAAGAUCACGGAGAAGCAGACGGAGGUCGGCACAGUGAUGUCAGAGGUGUCAGGGCAGCCCAUGCCCCAGCUGGACCCCCGGGUCAUAGAGGUCUACAGAGGGGUCAAGAAGGUUCUGUCGACGUACCGCAGUGGGAAGCUGCCCAAAGCCUUUAAAAUCAUCCCGGCGCUCUCUAACUGGGAGCAGGUGCUGUAUCUCACAGAGCCAGAGACGUGGACGGCAGCCGCCAUGUACCAGGCCACACGGAUCUUCUCCUCUAACCUGAAGGAGCGGAUGGCCCAGCGCUUCUACAACCUGGUGCUGCUGCCGCGGAUCCGGGACGACAUCACAGAGUACAAGCGGCUGAACUUUCACCUGUACAGCGCGCUGAAGAAGGCGCUGUUUAAACCCGGGGCGUGGUUCAAAGGAAUCCUGAUCCCGCUGUGUGAGUCGGGGACCUGCACUCUGAGGGAGGCCAUCAUCAUCGGCAGCAUCCUCACCAAGUGCUCCAUCCCCGUACUGCACUCCAGUGCUGCCAUGCUGAAACUGGCCGAAAUGGAAUAUAAUGGCGCCAACAGCAUCUUCCUGCGUCUGUUACUGGAUAAGAAAUACGCCCUGCCCUUCCGCGUGCUGGACGCGCUGGUGGCCCACUUCUUGACGUUCCGCUCGGAGAAAAGGACGCUGCCCGUGCUGUGGCACCAGUGCCUGCUCACACUGGUGCAGCGCUACAAGGCCGACCUGUCCUCCGAACAGAAGGAGGCGCUGCUGGAGCUGCUGAAGAUCCAGAACCACCCGCAGAUCUCCGCCGAGAUCAGGCGCGAGCUUCAGAACGCCGAGACCAGAGAUCUGGAGGACGCGACGCCAGUAAUGUCGAUGGACUGAGAAUUAAAAAAGAAAUAAAUAACGGACUCUCGAAUUUGUUCACCCUCUACAGACGUUAAAGGAACAGCUCAUUCAGAAAUGCUGACGCUGCUAACAGUGAACGCAGGUGAACAGCUGGCAUUUUGCAGAUGACAGUUGCCAUCAUGCUAAAUGGUGACAACUAGCGUCCAUUCAUUGUUAUGCACAUUGGCAUGCUUAUUGAAGCUUCCCUUUUAAAGGGGAAUUCCACCAGUUCUUCAAAAUUCUGCAUAAUUUAGGGGUUGAGAUGUAAUUCGGAGUGGUUUGAUGUGAAGUGGUUAAUUGAAGGGAAAUUUACUGAGUUCAAAAAUACAUUUAGGCCAAAAUCUUCUCAAAACCAUCGUAAAACAGUGUCUCAGACUUUAGGCAGUGAAUUCAUAACCAUUAAUAAUGUCUGUGAGGGAGCUUUUAAAGGUGGAGGUCUGGUUCCUAUCACCACCACUGUGAACAGUUUCACACUAAACCACUCGGAAUGACUUUGUUUAUAGUUUAUUGAUUAAAUAAUCCAGAUUUUUAAAAAUAUGAAAUUCCUCUUUAAAGUAGGAUUGUCCAGGUUUGGUCCUUUUUUCUUUCUUUCUUUCUUUUUUUUUUUUGGACACUGCUUUAAAGGUACACUGAAUAAGAAUUUCCAUUCAUCCAUGAGGUAAUAAAACUAUUUUAUUACUUGGCUCUAAUGAUGCAACAUGUAGAAUUUUACAUGGAGACUUAUUUUCCAGCCGAAUGCUCUCAUUUACUAGACUGGUGCACCACUGGAGGGUGAUGUCAUGUUCCUUUAUGCACCUCAGUGGUCCACAUGUGGUUUUAAUUACUUAGUGUACCUUUAAUUCAACACUUCUGGAAUAUUCUGUUCAUCAUUCGGUCAGACUUUUUGUUUUCCAUUCUUUUGAAUUCUGUUUAGUGGAAGCUCUAUUUACACUUCCAAAGAAGUUUCUGAACUUGUAGUGAUUGAUUAGAUUUGCAGUGUAGAAAUGCCUUGUUUUUCUGUCAGACGUGAGUCACGACGUUUAGCAACCUUACAACUACUGACAAGUUGUAACAAGCAAGAGAAACAAAGGCAAAGUCAUGAUAACUUUCAAAGCACUGACACUGAAAGGGUGAUUUAGGGCAAACUCCUGUACACUUUAGUCCAAGGCUCAAAAACCAUAUUUCUAAUAAAAGUACUGUGUGAACUGUA